AUGGCGGCGGCGGUGGGGUCUGUAACCGGAGCUGCUGGAGGGGUCGUGUUGCGUGGACGGAGCGUCUGGGGCCGCUCUCGCUUAAGGUUUGGACUGACUACAUACAGACGGUUUAGUAGUGGCAGUGCGUACCCCAACAUUCCUCUCUCUUCUCCUCUACCUGGAGUGCCCAAACCUGUUUUUGCAACAGUAGAUGGACAGGAAAAAUUUGAAACCAAAGUCACAACUCUGGAGAAUGGACUUCGUGUGGCAUCCCAAAAUAAAUUUGGACAAUUUUGUACAGUAGGAAUUCUAAUUAAUUCGGGAUCAAGAUAUGAAGCAAAAUAUGUUGGUGGAAUCGCUCACUUUUUGGAAAAACUGGCAUUUUCGUCUACUGCCAGAUUUGGCAGCAAAGAUGAAAUUCUCCUUACCUUGGAAAAGCAUGGGGGCAUUUGUGAUUGCCAGACAUCAAGGGAUACUACCAUGUAUGCUGUAUCUGCUGAUACAAAAGGACUGGAUACUGUGGUUGGCUUAUUAGCUGAUGUAGUAUUGCAACCAAAAUUAUCAGAUGAAGAAAUUGAAAUGACUCGAAUGGCUGUCCAGUUUGAAUUAGAGGACCUAAAUAUGAGGCCUGAUCCAGAGCCACUACUCACAGAAAUGAUUCAUGAAGCUGCAUACAGGGAAAAUACAGUGGGCUUGCACCGUUUUUGUCCAGCAGAAAAUAUUCCCAAAAUUGAUCAAAAAGUACUUCAUUCUUACCUGAGAAACUACUACACUCCUGACCGCAUGGUACUGGCUGGUGUAGGGAUAGAACAUGAGCAAUUGGUGGAGUGUGCCAGAAAAUAUCUCCUUGGAACAGAUCCAGUUUGGAGUAGUGGGCAGGCCAAGGAUGUUGACAGAUCUAUUGCACAGUAUACCGGAGGGAUUAUUAAGAUAGAAAGAGACAUGUCAGAUGUGAGUCUGGGGCCCACACCAAUUCCUGAACUCACACAUAUCAUGAUAGGCCUGGAGAGCUGUUCUUUUUUGGAGGAAGAUUUCAUCCCCUUUGCAGUGCUAAACAUGAUGAUGGGAGGAGGAGGUUCUUUUUCAGCUGGUGGACCAGGAAAGGGAAUGUUUACCAGACUCUAUCUCAAUGUGCUAAACAGGCACCAUUGGAUGUAUAAUGCAACUUCCUAUCACCACAGUUAUGAAGAUACAGGUCUCUUGUGUAUUCAUGCCAGUGCUGAUCCUAGACAGGUUCGAGAAAUGGUAGAGAUCAUUACAAGAGAAUUUAUUUUAAUGGGUGGAGCUGUGGGUGAGGUGGAGCUUGAGAGAGCCAAGACACAACUUAUGUCCAUGCUCAUGAUGAACUUAGAAUCCAGACCUGUAAUUUUUGAGGAUGUAGGAAGGCAGGUGCUGGCAACAAACUCCAGAAAACUACCUCAUGAACUGUGUGCUCUCAUUCGUAACGUGAAGUCAGAUGAUAUCAGACGAGUAGCUGCUAAGAUGCUUCGGGGUAAACCUGCAGUAGCUGCCUUGGGGGAUUUGACAGAUCUGCCCACAUAUGAACAUAUUCAAGCAGCACUAGCCAGUAAAGAUGGAAGACUGCCAAGAAUGUAUAGGCUUUUCCGAUAAGGAACUAAUGAAGCUUAAGCCAGCCCAAGAAUCCAGAGGAGCAUGGUUUUUACGUAUUAUUUGUGGAAAUGUUGUAAUUUAGUAUGAAAAAAAUUUAAUUAUUCAGAAUAAAACAAAUGAAACUGUCCUUCAGAAUUAAAUGAACUCCUAACUUAAACCUUUCCAGACCACACAACUCAAGUUUAACUCCCUCAAGAUUGUGAUGGCCAUUGGAAUAAAUGUUUGUUUAAUAACCUAAAUGCAUAAUGCUUUCUUUCUGUAAGGCAAAGAAGCGGUUGCUAACAGCUAAAAGCAAUCUCUGAUGGUAGAGAUGGAUCAGUAUUUAUUUAGCUUUAAUCUUGUUCUUUUAAAUGAUUGAUGUCUUGAAUCAGGUAAGAAGAGUGUGGCUUUUCCAAUCUAAUGGAUCUUGGUGAUAAUAAUGAGACACAGUUCUUCCACUUCAUCAAAAAUCACAAAGCAUACAAACAAAUCCCUUGACUAAGGAAGUAUAGCUAAAAUUAGUCUACCUUGUUGGGAGCUGACCUCAGAAAAGAAUAUAGCUUUUCUAGGACUUCAUAGGCAGUGGAUAAGUGAAGAUUUUCUUCUUGCUUUCCUUGAAACUGCCUUGUUUGACCCAAACAUUAGGAUCUGUUCAGGAUAAUUUAAGGCUGGAUAGAAUAUUAUGUUAUUAAAUAUAUGCAAUUAGUAAAUCUACUCUGGAUAUUUUAAGCCUGGAUAGUUGCAAGAUAUGUAAAAAAAAAUGAAUUUUUAAUUAAAAGACUUAGGGCAGCUGUAGGAAUCAUUAGUAAUAUAUUAUCAGGGAAAGAAAGUUGUAGCAAAUGUUUGUGCAACUUUCACAUUUGAAAUAUAUUAAGAAGCAGAAUGGCUGAUUGAAAUAGUAAACUGUUCUAAACUCUGAUGGUGUACAUGGCCUUCAAAAUGAAAUGACGAUCAAGGAGAAGUAUUUUGUUCUGUAAAACAGAAUGGACCCUCAAAUAUUUUUACUAAUAGUUAGAAAGCCUACCUCUUUGAAAGCUUUCUGAAUUGGUACAGCCAUAAAUGCUAAUUUGUCUAAUCUGUGGUUGACAUUUCAAGGAAAUAAAGAUUUUUUAAGAUGA